UACGAACUCUCCAGAGGGUUCUAAAAAGCUAAUUAUUCAUGACACACGCGUUAAAAUAUAUAUGAAGUGCAGCGCCGAAUAGGCGGGAUUGAUAUUCAUAUUCGAUUUGGUAGCGAUAUGUAAAAUUAUCCAAUUAAGAUUGGCGAGUGAAGAACGGGUGAUGCAUACCUCCAACGUCAGAGCGUCAUGAUUUGAUGAUCUAUAUUAAUGAAAAAUCCUAAUUCAAAAAUCGAUUUCUUCACUGCACAGAAUCCAUCGAUCAGAAAGCUCCGGCAACGUGGCAUUAGAGUAAAGAAACCCGACCGCGGCGCAAUGCUUCCGAUUAAAGCAUUUACUAGUGGUAGGAGAAGCUGGCGCUACACUUUAAUAUAGGAACCGACCAUUACAACCUAUGAAAACAGACCUUGUUUAACAAGAGCCAGACGGGGAGGGGACGGGGUAGAGGAAGAGAAGAGAACCGUGCCAGGGCCGCCGACUGCAUAGGGUUCGUUUAUUUCUAAUUUGCGUGCCGACGUCUUCAGCGCUUUGCCGUACAGCCAGCUGUUACGGGAGUAACCGUGGUCAGAAACGAAUAAAUAACAAGCGAGUCACGUGACCUAUUGUAUAGACUGCCUUGGACUACGAUAAGCGGCAGAGAAAAACGAGCCGAGACUCUUCGAAUUUUCGGUGCUACAGCCCCCCAGCGAUUCUGGGCGGAUUUAGAAAUACACCAGCCAGGAAGAGGAGAGGAAGAUCUACAAAAAUUCGUAUUGGCUUCAAGAUUUGAGCGUCCGAAGGUGCAAUUAUUCAGGAUGCAUCGGACCACCAAGUUACAGCUUACUGAUCUGAACCCGCAUCUGAUGUGCGCCCUGUGCGGCGGCUACUUCGUGGACGCGGCGACCAUCACUGAGUGUCUUCAUUCUUUUUGCAAGACCUGCAUUGUGCGUUAUCUCGAGAGCAGCAAGUAUUGUCCAAUAUGUGACGUCAUGGUCCACAAGACUCGACCUCUCGUUAAUGUCCGAUUAGAUAAGACGCUCCAAGACCUUGUAUAUAAACUGGUGCCUGGUCUUUUUAAAAAUGAAAUGAAACGAAGGCGAGAUUUCUUCGCAGUUAAUCCUCUGCCAGAUCCAAGUUUCGGUCUGUCGAAUGAAGAUAAGGGAGAGGUCGACGAAGGCGCCAUCUAUACUGAAGAUGACAAAAUCAGUCUUUCGUUGGAGUACAGAGACACGUCGGCGUUUAAAAAUAAUCCGGCACCUGAGGGUGAAGAUGGCAAGCAAACAGUACAGGACCACGACAAGCGCCACCUUUUGUGUCCCGCGGCCUUCACCGUUGCUCACCUCAAGAAAUUCAUCUUCAUGAAGUUCGAUUUGUCGCUCAACUAUGACGUCGAUAUCUUCCACUCAGACGAGCCGCUGAAUGACGACUACACGCUGAUGGACGUAGCCUACAUCUACACGUGGACUAGGAGGGAGCCGCUGAAGUUAUACUAUCUCAUAUUUGAGAGGGAGAUAGUUCGUAACCAGGACACAGAACACACCACAGACGCUGUACCACACAAGAAACGGCGUAUAGAGGGCGACAAAGCAAAAGACGAGGAGUCGGAUCUUUCUACUGCACCCCAGGGUCCCAAGACGCCCAGUGCUAUAGACACUGAAACUGUGCCAGUUUUGGAUAAUGAUAAAACAAUCCCUGCGCAGAGAUCAGCCACGGAUUCAUUACCUUUACCUCAAGUAAACGUGGCAACAGUGGAUGAGCCACCAGCGGUCCCUGAAAGUGGUCAUAAUAAUAAUAAUAAUAAUGGAGUCGUCUUAGAAACCGUUGCCACGGAAACUGUGCCGGUGUCGGCAUCUUCCAAUACAUUGCCAACGCCAGUGAAUAUUGCCAGCGCAUCUGCAUCUGCAAAUAAUGCAUCUGCUAAAAAUGGUGCUAGUCCUAUUGAAAGCAAUUAUCAACAAAACCAUGACUAUAUUUUACAACAAAAACAACACCAACAAGAGAAAAUGCAGCAGAAGUUUCAGAGCGAGCAUCGGGAGAUACAGCGUGUACAGGAAGAUCAACGUCAAUUUGGCAGCGAGCAAGGCCCCGCCCAGCUAGAAAAAGAAGACUCAUGGCAGCGGCAGCAACAGGCUGCGCAACAAAUAUACGACUUCCAAAACCAGUCAACGCCAGAACAAGAACAGAUGAGCUACGAGAAACCGACACAAAAUGCUCAGCAGCAUGACCAGUUCCGACACCAGGGCCAGCAAAUAACGAAACAAACACCUCGACAGCAGCAGCCACAGGAAUUACACAAUAAUCAGCAACACCAAACCCACCAACGGCAACACACUCCACAACUAAAAGUACCUCAAAUCCCCCUAAGUCAAAUAGGGGCAAAGAAACAACACGGCAGCCUGAUGUCAAACAAGCCGGACCCUACUAAAGUUUUAGGGCGUAAAAAGCCACGACAGCGCCGCCAGAAACAGUGGCCUGAAGCUCCACAGUGGCAGCAGCCCCCGGCGUCCCCCUUUCAGCCACAAGGUCUCCACAUCCCCGACCAGCAAAGACAACCCUUCGUGCAGCCUAUAAACUUUCAAGCAGCAAUCGCCAAUGGGAAUUAUGGCAUUAUUUAUUUUCCGCAGACUAGCUUCAAAAAUUUGGCAUCAUCUCAUUCGACCCAAGCCGCAGUUUUGGCGGCCGGAGGUCAACCCGGUGCAAUGACAAUACCAACCAUCAUGCCAGCUCCCAUGGCUGCUGACGUCACAGGUGCUGGAAUCAAGACGAGCCCUGAAAACUACGCCGCACACACGGACUCCGCAGAGUACAUGGAGGCCCAAGAUCUUUCCACUCUUCGCUCUGCCAGCGUAGAAGCAGAGUGCACGGUGACAUCAACUCAAGACGGAGAAGGAAAGGUUGGCCAUAGUCCGAAAAGUGAGAAACAAGAUGUGGUUUCAACAACACGGACGCCAUCGCCUCCACAGAUUGACCAAUCGAAAUCUUCCUUGCAACCAACGUCGCCACAGUCGCAGCCGCUUAACUGCAGUCGUAAAGGGAAUGGCUCGAUGUCGAAAAGCGCGCGUGUGAACGGGAUUGCCGACGCAUUGGCUUCCAAGCACUUGAAUUCUGGGAAACCUGGAGAUCCUUAUAUGGAGUGUAGCCCUUCUAAUGGUCAGAUUUCGCCCGCUGGUCCAGUUUUUAGGGUGUAGUUAUAUUUGUGUAGAAUGCCUAGACAUUGCAUUUGAUAUUUGAUUAAUUGAAGGCGCGUCAGUUGUUGUUAAAUUAUCGUGAAUGUAAUUUGAAUAGAGUUCAAAAGCAUGUAUCUUGUAAAUUUUAGAUAUUAUCUGAUAAAAAAAAACCUUUUUGAUUUUUUAUUUUUUGUCUUUCAAAAAGUGAAUGAAGGCACAUCGAUUAUUGUUAAAUUGCCGUGAAGGUAAUUUGAGUGAAGUUCUAAAGCGUGUGUUUUGUAAAUUUGGGAUAUUUUAAAAAUAAACUUUUUAGAUAUUAUUUUUUUGUCUUUCAAAAAAUUGAUACAUACAUUGUGCAAGUAUACAGAUAUUGGCCUUGUGCUUUCAAAAAUGGCACACACUGAAAAAACGUGAUCAUAUUGAAAAAUGAUGGAAGCGAGGGGCAUCUAGGUGUAUCUCCUUGUCGUAUUUGUAGAUGCAUGUUCGUUGUAUUAAGACAAAAACUUCUCAGAAAGCACGACAUUGCUGAGAUAUUGUAAAGAUUGCUGUAUUAGUUUAAUGGAACAAUUUGUUCAGCUUUUUGGGUUCAUAUCUGUUCACAAAGAUGAAGUAAAACUUGUGUACGUUGAGGCAAUAUAAGAAUGUGUUCACAAAUAUUAUGACCUCUUUAACCUAUUAAAAGAUGUAUAGAAAUGACGAAAAGAGGUAGAGGUGACAGAAAAUACAAGUUGUAUUUAGUAAGUGGUGAUUUGAUGUUUAUAUGUAAAAUAUUGAAAACUAUUCUCUUCAAAAGAGACAUACAUGUAGUAGGUGAAAUGAUCUGUAAACCAAUCUGGAUGAAACCGUAGGAAAAACUGCACGUUUGAAGAAUGUUAACGUUUUAUUUUUCAAGAAGGAAUGCAAGAUAAUUCCUGGGAAGAUUAUUAUUAUUAUCAUCAUUAUUAUUAUUAUUAUCUUCGCUAACAAAGCGAUACAGUUUAAGAAAAAUAGAACAGAAACACUUAAUAACGCACAAAAAGAACUAGAAACGCAGGAACGAGUACAUUAUACUAGUUCUCUCUAGCAGAAGUCAGCAAAGACACUGUUCGGCGUGUCAUUUCAGCUAAUCAAUGCGGAGCAACCGUAGAUGGUUUUUAUAUGGACCAAUGACAUUGGAGAAGAUGGGCGGAGGUGGACCAACUGAAUUUAAUGUGGAGAUGUAAACGUAUAUGCUUAUUGUGAACGCGAGUGUAUGUCGUGUAAAAAUAUGAGGGAGAAUGUACAAACGACUGAUGUGGUUAGAGCAAGUGCAAGCAAUGAUGUAUUGUUUUAAUUUCAUGUAUAUUACAUAUAUUUUAUCGUUUUAUGUAUGCCCAGGCAUGGCAGUUUCUAUACACCAUACGUAUUCAACAUACAUACACCAGAUAUGUGUAAAUUUUGUACAGAGAGCAUGUGCUGUGGUUUAACUAGUAUAUAACGAUUAGGUGCGAGUUGAUUAUGUUCGUUACUCAAAACGUAAUUUUGAUUUUGAUUAUCUUGUUUAAGCUCACGAGGAGCAAGAUUGAAGAUGUUUUUUUGUCUGUGACAUAUGAUCCAUUACUGCAUGACUGUUGAAAAUAAAAAUCGUCAGUUGUUUA